UUCUUUUUUUCUCAAACUUAAACAUCUCUCAUAAGGAGUGAGUGUUUUCGUGUAACGAGAACAGAAAAUUGACUUGUGAUUCUUAACAUGGAAGAAAAUAGAAUUAAUGUGUAGAAUUUUUGAUCGAUAUACUGUUACUUAUGAGGUCGUGUGUGUGGAUUGUGACGAUGUGAAAGCUGGAUAAAUCAAUUCCCCAUUUCUUUAACCCAGUGGUUCAUUUUUUUUUUUUUUUUCAGUUUGUUACUCAAUCUAACAUGCCGCAUUAAGCUUGUUACCCCUCUCACGAAAUGUUAUCAACGCGCGUGUCAUAAGGUGAACACAUUGUAACCAGAUGCUGAGCGAUGUCCUGAAUCAAACCCGCUUAGAUGCUCUUGGCUCGCCACUUGUUCAAAUAUAUAUUUCUUUUACUUUAUUUCUUGAUAUUGUGUAGUACUUUUCAGUGCUUGUUGUUACUCGGUUUAACCAAUUUUCUAGAUCAUAAUGAAUUACCUUUUGCAAGUUUACACACUAGGUGAACAUUAAUCCCAAUGUCAAAAACUACAAUACUUUUUUUAUUUCGACAAUUCUUCACCGUUUUCUGCCAUCCUCGCAUUAUCCGGAAAGAAAUGCUAUAUUAUCCCACGAUUGAUAUCUAGCCUUUGUUUGGGAACCACUGCUCUAACCUUGUCGACAGGUCAAAGAACUAGAGAGAAUAAUUGUGAACUAAAUUAUCAUAAACAAAAAGAAAGAAAAAGAAAAGAAACCGACCACAAGAUAAGACAUAGAAAAAAAAAAAAGAUUAGGAUGAGAAACACACACGUGGAAACCUAAAAGAAUAAAAAAAAGAAAAAAAAAAUCGUGCACUCACAUCGUACAAAACCCCAAUUAAUAAAACAACUUGUUAUACAUACACAUCCUGAAGCAAAAUUUACACUCUUCAUAAAGCUACACGUAGUUUUAUAGCUAUCCAAAAAUAAAGAAAAAAAGUCACGUAAUCUGCCACAAUGCUGGAAGGAGUGUUUGAAAGCUUGGCCAGUGUGUCUCGCGGGAGCUUCUCAUGGCCUGACUACCUUGUGUUUGGUGGUAUGCUGGCGUCCUCCCUCGCUAUAGGGAUAUUCUACGCCAUCAAGAGCAGGAAUAAAUCCAACGAUGAGUUUUUAUUGGGCAGCCGUUCCCUUACCUGCUUCCCCGUCUCCAUCUCCCUCCUUGCCUCUUACAUCUCCGCUAUUCUUGUCCUCGGGGGCCCGGCGGAGGCGUACUACCAUGGGAUACAGUGGUGGGUCAUCUGUGCGGGACAAAUCGCCUUGCCAAUUGCAGCCGUGGUCUUUAUGCCCUUCUUUUACAACCUGGGAUUGACUUCAGUGUAUGAGUACCUGGAGAUGCGGUACGGUUCACGGUGGGUGCGGUGUACUGCCAGCGGGAUGUACGUGGUGCAGAUGUUGCUCUACCAGGCUGUGGUGAUCUACGCGCCAGCUCUCGCCCUCGCCUCCGUCACUGACUUCCCUCUCUGGAUCUCCAUCAUCACUGUUGGUCUGAUCGCCUCCGUCUACACUGCUAUCGGCGGGAUGAAGGCGGUGAUCUGGACAGACGUGCUGCAGCUGUUCAUCCUUAUAGUGGGUCUCUUCGCCGUGGUCAUCAAGGGCCUUAUGGACUUUGGAGGCUUCGAACGAGUGUGGGAGAUCGGCAGAAGACACGACAGGACUGGCUCACAUAUCUUCACGUACGGUUACAUUCCCUACCAGCGGCACACUGUCCCCAACAUCAUCAUUGGAGCUAUUGUGGGCAAGCUGUCUCAGUAUGCCUGCACCCAGACUACCGUGCAGAGAUACGCUAGCAUGAAGAACCUCACGCAUUCCUACAUGGCUAUUUUUCUCGUCAUCCCUUUCUUCAUCCUGCUCAUCUCUCUCUCCAUGGUGGCAGGGCUUGUGCUGUUCGCCACCUAUGAGGGCUGUGACCCCCUCGCUGCCGGACUCAUCGCCAAGAAGGACCAGAUUCUGCCCUUCUACGUCAUGGAAAGACUGAGUGCCUUCCCUGGUCUUCCCGGUCUGUUUGUGGCCUGCAUCUUCUCUGGUUCCUUGAGCACCAUCUCCUCAGGCGUCAACUCCCAGGCAGCAGUGACAUGGGAAGACGUGUUCUCCAAGAUUCCAUUCUUCGCCCGUCUCUCCCUCACCGCCCAGGCAAGAGUCACGAAGUUCAUCGCUCUCACGUACGGAAUGCUGGCACUUGGUCUGGCGUUCGUCGCGGGGAGCAUGGGCGGCGUCUUGCAGGCGGCUAUAGCGGUGACGUCCUCUGUGGCCGGUCCUCUCCUGGCGGUGUUCAUUAUGGCUCUCUUCAUGCCCUUCACCAACACCAAGGGGGCGUGCGUGUGCCUCCUGCUGGGGACUGGCGUGGCUCUGGGCUUCAGCUUCGGGGCCACAGCAGUGGGACUCAAGCCAGAGCUGCUGCCGUCCCCGACUGACGCCUGUCCGCCCAAUCUCAACAUCACCGUCUCUGCACCGCCAGCCGUCAGAGUUUCAGAUCUCGACUACCCUGCCAAGUUACUGGGAUUGUCGUACACACAGAUGGGUCCCCUUGGCUUAGUGGUGGGCAUCGUGUCUGGCAUCCUUGUUAGUCUAGUUACCGGUAUGUCCCGCGGGCGUCGUGUGGAUCCGAAGUUUAUUCAUCCGUGGGUUCGCUGGUCGGUCCCGCAGCCCGAGGUGGUGGCGAUGCGGGUCAAGGAACACUCUUACGACAACAAAAUCUCCACGCAGUUCUAACCGAGGAGUUCAAGUUACGUGGUGCUGUAGUGUUCGCCUUCAUCUGACCUUGAGUUGUUACGUGACUGAAGGCAAAGGAUACUGUCUACCUGUGCGAUGGCCUCGUUGUGUUGUGAGUGAAUUGUGGGUGUCCAGUGCUGCCAUCUGAGUGAUGUGAUAUUUUUUAUGUGAUUUUGUGAAUGUGUCCUGAAUUUUUUGUGGUCCAUCAGUCAGUCUGUCUUCUUUCUGUUUGUUGUAUGUCUUUUUUUUUAUGUCGCUGUCGUUUAUUUGUCCAUUUCGUUAGUUUGUCUCAGUCAGUAAGUUUCAUACUGUAUUUACAAAGAGGUCGAUGUUUUUUUCUCUGUCUAUCAGUUGUAUGUCCAUCUGUCUAUCCCAUAUAGUUGUUAUUAUUCACAGAACCGGAGCGAUGGCUUGAUUUAAAAUUAGAUAAACAAUAUAAAUAAGAACAGUUGAAUAAUGCAAGUAACGAGAAGGAAACAAAACAACCUCCUGGAAUUUCAAACAAGGCAAACAGUGCUUACGAGAGUUACCAAGGAAGCAUAAUAAGUAGGUUACUGUGACGAGUGUAAAGUGCGAUCAUGAUAUUCAUUCAGUUUUUUACUAAGUCAAGCACAGGAACGCAUGUUUGGGGGGUUCCACUCACACAGUUUUGUUAGAUAGGGUGGAAUCAAAAGCUUUUCGUCUCAACAACUCCCCUUCUCUGACUGACUCUUCAGCCUCUUCCUCACCGCUGGAAUGUUGC